UAGUUUUUUAUUUUAUUUUAUGAUAACAAAUGACAACUUAUUAUUAAAUAAUAUAUUAUUCACAUUUCGUAUACCACAGAUUAGAAUAAAAAUAAUAUCUUAUCUAUUCUGUGCCUAUAAUCCGGCACAACAAAAUAGUGUAUUCUAUUUUCAUUCAACUUUCUUUGCUAAUAUUUUCAGGACAUAACACAAAUAAUUCAGCCUUGUAAAUACUGUUUUCUGUUACAAUUGAAUUGUUACCAUGAAAAACACUAACAAUAAUUUCAAUGACAUUAAAAUGUCAAAACCAGCAAUAUCUGUUGCUUUGACAAUGAUAUCUAUACCUUUAUCAAUGGUCUUAUGGAUAAGCAACUUGUUUUUUAAAAAAAUAUAUGGUGAUCAUUUAAGUGAGACAGAUGAAAGUUUACCACCAUUUAGAUGGUUUAUGUCCACAUUUAUUCCAUUAUUCAUUGCUGUUUUUGGUUAUUUAAAAAAAAGUUUGAACCUAAGUGGUGCUUUAUUAGGUAUUUUUGUUGGUUUUGUGUUAACAUUGAGUAGCUAUACAUUUUUAGCAUGUUUAUUAACGUUUUUUGUCACAUCAUCAAGAGCAACUAAAUUUCGUAGUAAAGCUAAAAAGAAACUAGAAGAUGAUUUUAAAGAAGGUGGUCAAAGAAAUUGGAUUCAAGUUUUAUGCAAUGGUGGCAUGGCUACUCAAUUAGCACUAUUAUACAUUCUAGACGUAGGAUGUGGAGAAUUACCAAUUGAUUUCAAUCUUAAAUAUAGACCAUCAUGGUUGGCAAUUGGUAUAUUAGGGGCAUUUUCCAGUUGUAAUGGUGAUACAUGGGCAUCAGAAUUAGCAACAGUAUUAGAUAGUGGUCUUCCAAUUUUAAUUACAACUGGAAAAACGGUACCAAAAGGUACUAAUGGUGCUGUUACACCUAUUGGAUUACUUCUUAGUUUAUUAGGAGGCCUUGUAAUAGGUGUUGCAAAUUAUUUGAUGCUCAUUUACACUGUUGACUCAGAUUUACUUGCACAGAGUCCUCCACAAUGGCCAAUCAUAAUAAUUGGUGCAUUUGCUGGACUUAUAGGAAGUGUUGUUGAUUCUGUACUUGGUGCUACAAUGCAGUAUAGUGGUUUUAAUCGUGAUACUGGAACAAUUGUAGAACAUCCUGGAAAAAAUAUUGUUCAUAUUUCAGGAAGAAGAAUAUUAGAUAAUCAUAGUGUCAACUUAAUUUCAAGUGUAAUAAUGGGUAUAUUGACUCCAAAAAUUGCAUACUUAGUUUGGCCUUAGACAAAUAUUUGUCCUAAAAUAUUUUAUUUAAUGACUUGAAAAUUAUAUUUUUUAUGGCAAGUCUAUUUCUAAGAAACCAUGCCCAACUUAAUUAUUUUUUUUUUUUAGUAAAAUUUAGACUGACAUUUUUUUAUUGUACAUAUUGAAAAGCAUGUUAAAUUAUAUAAUGUUUACAAUAAGUUCUAUAUAGUUUUUUAAAUUGUUAAUUUAUAUUUUUUUACUUAAUAUUUUGUUAAUUUAUGUUUUAAUUAAUUUUUGUUUCUUUAUUUCUACUCAAAACAUGGUAAAACCACAUAUCAAAUUUACAA